GACUCAUUGUCCUUGGGGUCCAUUCUACCAGACAGUUCUCUAAAUUGACUGAGGAGAGAGACCAGCUUUGCAAAACACUCAUCGAAAUGACUGGCGCACUUCACGAGCUUUGUACGGGAGAUUCAACAGUGAGGCUGGUCAACUCCUCCACCCACUGCUCCGGCAGAGUGGAGGUUUUCCACAGUGGACAGUGGGGAACGGUGUGUGAUGAUGACUGGGACCUGUCUGAUGCUGAGGUGGUGUGUCGACAGCUGGGCUGUGGCAGGGCCCUGUCGGCUCCAAGAUAUGCACAUUUUGAACAGGGUUCAGGUGUGAUUUGGUUAGAUAACGUCAUGUGCACAGGUACAGAGUCAAACCUCAUGGAGUGUCAACACCAAGGGUUUGGAAUUCAUGACUGUGGACAUCAUGAGGAUGCAGGUGUCGUCUGUGAAGGUCGUUCAACGGUGAGGCUGGUCAACUCCACCACCCGCUGCUCCGGCAGAGUGGAGGUUUUCCACAGUGGACAGUGGGGGACGGUGUGUGACAAUGACUGGGACCUGUCUGAUGCUGAGGUGGUGUGUCAACAACUGGACUGUGGCAGGGCCCGGUGGGCUCCAGGAGAUGCACAUUUUGGACAGGGUUCAGGUGUGAUUUGGUUAGAUAAUGUCCUGUGCAAUGGCACAGAGUCAAACCUCACUGAGUGUCGCUACCGAGGGUUUGGAAUUCACAACUGUGGACAUCAGGACGAUGCAGGUGUCGUGUGUGAAGGUUCAACAGUGAGGCUGGUAGGCUCCACCAGCCGCUGCUCCGGCAGAGUGGAGGUUUUCCACAGAGAGUGGUGGGGAACGGUGUGUGGCUAUGAGUGGGACCUGUCUGAUGCUGAGGUGGUGUGUCGACAGCUGGGCUGUGGCAGGGCCCUGUCGGCUCCAACAAAUGGACGGUUUGGUUAUUUUUCAAGUGUGAUUUGGUUAGAUAACGUCAUGUGCACAGGUACAGAGUCAAACCUCAUGGAGUGUGACCACCAAGGGUUUGGAAUUGACAACUGUUAUGAAGAGGAUGCAGGUGUCGUCUGUGAAGAAAGCCCAUGUGCAGCCGGAUGGCAGCUGUUCAACAGCAGCUGUUACUUCUUUUCACGUGUGACUGGAUCCUGGGAAACCGGCAGAAGAGACUGCAGAAUGAACGGAGCAGAUCUGGUGAUCGUAAACAGCACAGAAGAACAGAACUUCAUCUCACGGUUCAACAAGAACUCUUGGAUCGGUCUGAGUGACCUUGAAGAGGAAGGAACCUGGAAAUGGGUGGAUGGAUCUCCAUUAACUCAGCAGUACUGGAGUCAAGGGGAGCCGAACCAUGUCCAUGAUGAGGACUGUGUGCACAUGCAUUCCUCAACAGGCCUGUGGGCUGAUGUGAGCUGUGAUAACAGCCUGUACUGGAUCUGUGAGAAAAUGGGAAUGGAUUAGAGAUAUCGAUUACAGAACCAGAAUCGCUUCAUUCUUAUCAAAUCCCAUCCAUACAAAUAACUUCAGUGAAAUCCUUUCCUCACAUGUAGUAAAAUAAUAAAAAAAAAAAAUUGGUUAUUGUCCGAGCUAGGGUUGGGUGAAAAACGUUAUCAAUCCAAUAUCCAUAAUGAUCCCUAUAAAUGUCACAUCGCUGUGUCUUAAUGGCAAAGUUUUGGUCCUGAGUGACAAUUUAUGGAAACACAUUAUUUUUUGUAGUUUUACAUUAUUUGUCAAGAACAACAACAACACACCAUGUAAAAAUAAGACAGAAGGGACAUAAAAGGGUCAGAUAUUGCCUCUGAUGUCAUGAUUUAAUGCUAAUUUUGCUGAUUUCUGUGCAUUUUAAGAUGUUAAAAAUCAGUUAUUCCUGAUGCUAAACUCUUCUAUCAUACAAAAAAUGAGACAUGAAUAAAACUGAGCAACAGUAAAACAUUUUUGAUAUUGUAGUUAGUUUAGAAAGUGUGUACAAACUAAACCCUAAAAACAGAAGGAACUGCAUUACGAUAAUUAUAUUUAUUGCACGAUUGUAAUGAUUUGAAUGUUAUCACCUAACCCUAGUCCGAGCAUCAUCUAAAUAGGAUAACAUGUUUUUGAUUAUUAUUUCUCUUGGUUUAUUGUGUGUACUACUACAUUUGUGUAGACAUUACAUGUGGUUGUUGGGUGGUGGGAUUGACUACUACAAGUGUGUUAUACUUUUGUGACGUAAUUGGAGAUUGUGGUGGAAGGAAAUAAACAAAUAAACUGAUGUUUGGACACCA